AUGCUCAGCAUAAUCAAGCCUCCUGUCCAAUUAAUCAUUUCGAUCUCAGCCCUUGAAGUUGAUAACUAUUCUAUCCCAGAUCGAUCAUCCUUAUCUCCUUCAGCCUAUUACCACCUUCAGACAGUCCUGUUCACUGGUUUUAUUGUUAUUUUGUUAUUCAUUCCUGAUCCAGCCCUGUUCUAG